AUGAAGUUCGCAUCCGUCGCCGCCUCCGUGUCCGCCCUCUGCGGCGUGGCCUCUGCCGCCGUCAAGGGCUUUGACAUUUCCCACUAUCAGCCCAACGUCGACUUUGCCAAGGCCUAUGCCGAUGGCGCCCGCUUCGUGAUGAUCAAGGCCACGGAGGGCACCACGUACACGGACCCCAGCUUCAGCUCGCACUACACGGGCGCCACCAAGGCGGGCUUCAUCCGCGGCGGCUACCACUUUGCCCGCCCGGCGUCCUCGUCCGGUGCCGCGCAGGCCAAGUACUUUAUCGCGCACGGCGGCGGCUGGUCCAAGGACGGCAUCACGCUGCCUGGCAUGCUCGACAUGGAGUACCAGUCGUCGAGCAGCGCGUGCGGCGGGCUCUCACAGAGCGCCAUGGUCAGCUGGAUCAACGACUUUGUCAACACGUACCACGCCGCCACGGGCGUCUACCCGCUCAUCUACACCUCGACCAGCUGGUGGACGCAGUGCACGGGCAACAGCGCCGCCUUUGGCAGCAAGUGCCCUCUCGUCGUCGCGCGCUAUGCUAGCUCCGUCGGCACGCUCCCUGCUGGCUGGGGCUUCUACACCUUCUGGCAGUACUCGGACGCGGCGCCCUGGGGUGGUGAUGCGGAUACCUUUAACGGCGACAUUACUGCUCUCAAGAAGAUUGCCAACGCCGGUUAA